AUGUCAACCGUUUUAAUUUUUCAGGUUCUGCAACGUCGAAUUGAGCACCGUUUUCUCGAUAUGUACCCAGAUCCAAAGUGUAUUGGGUCAUCAAUUGCUCGUAUAGAGGUUCACUGCCUUUCCACUGUGCCCUGGGAACGCGAUCCCAUCAGCUCUAGUCACAAGGCGUCUCUUAUUGGUGGGGAAAUUUUUUCUCUUUCUCAUUUUUUUGCCUUUUCAAUGCGGUCAAAUUGGGGAGAUAAAAUGCCUGAACUCACUGUAACCAUGCUAACGGGUCUGGGUUUUGUACCGUGGAAGCAGAUUAAAUUGGAUUAUCCUAUUUUUAAGUAG